AUGUUUUUCCGCAUCCUUCCUCGGUUGACCCCUGGAUAUAUCAGAUAUCUCCAGACGCAGGCAGCUCAGACCGUGCUCCAGCCCCGGUUCAGCCCUCUGAUGCCCCGCACUGCCCUCCUCAUGGGACUCAUGGGCAUCGGCAUGUCUGGAUACAGCACCCGCCAGCUCACUCUCCACUACAAACCUGCCAGUCAUCUCUUUAGAUAA